AUGUCUCACUAUCAAGAAGAUUUUGCGGCUAUAUUUAAAAUGGCGAACAAGAAUGCUAAUGGAACGUUGACUUUGGAAGAGCUAUCCAGCCAAAUGAGAGCUUUUGGUUAUCGCAACAUUGAUAAGCCACUGGAGAUUUACUUUUCUAGACUUGGUGCUGACAGAUAUGGAAUCAGUCUUGAACAGUUUUUGGGAUCGAUGGACUGUGCGCCACAUCAACUGCACAGAGCGGCGUAUUUGAGGCGAGUUUUCAGAGAGUACGACAAGGACGGCAAUGGGAAGUUGGAUAGGAGGGAGUUCCAUGAUAUUUGCUCCAAGCUGGGAGAACGAUUGACCAAAGAAGAAACUGAAGUUGUCAUGAUGGUCUUAGAUAAGAACCUGAAUUCCUACAUUGAUUUGGAAGAAUUCAUCAGCGCUAUCAACCACAAAGCUGUUAAUUAG